UAAAAAAAAGAAGUCAUUAAUUAAUCACACAUUGAACUUUUUACAUAUGCAUCGAAUGUUUUUAUUUAUUUAUUUAUUAUAAGUGCCAUACAAGCAUUAUAGUGUUAUUUGCUUAUAAAAGGAGAGAUGAACUCAUAGUCUCAUAGCACUUGUUAAGUCUAAUCAUAAGCAUUUUCUCUAAAAUACUCUUCCUUUUAUUCUCAAUACUUUAAAGACGAACAAGUUGUUGCUCAUAACAUGACGAAAAUAUUUCUGUUGAUUUUUCUAGUACUGCUUUAUUGUACAAGUCAUGUUGUUGGCGCGAAAGAUGAUUUGUAUGUUAAUAUAACAAUUCUUGAAAGUGCAACUGCCCAAGGCGCGGUAUGUCUUGAUGGAAGUCCACCAGCCUAUCAUCUUCAUAGAGGACAUGGUACUGGACUUGGCAGCUGGAUUAUCUACUUGGAUGGAGGCGGUUGGUGUGACAGUAUCACAGCUUGCCUAAAUCGUUCAACGACCAACUUAGGUUCUACCAAACAUAUGGGAAAAGAGGGUUUUUUUGACGGAAUACUCCAUAAUACUUCCAUAAGAAAUCCAGAGUUUCACAAUUGGAACAGAGUGAGGAUAAAAUAUUGUGACGGUUCAUCAUUUACGGGUGAUGUUGAACAAGUUGACCCCGAGAACAAAUUAUAUUUUAGAGGGGCAAGAAUAUUUAAGGCUAUUAUGGAAGAUUUGUGGAGCAAAGGAUUGGAAAGUGCUGAAAAUGCAAUUCUAUCGGGAAUAUCAGCAGGUGGUUUGGCAACCAUCUUAAAUUGCGAUAAAUUUAAAUGCCUUCUUCCAGAAAAUGCCAGAGUUGGGUGUGUUGCGGAUGCUGGCUUCUUCAUCUAUGGAAGGACAAUAGAUGAUACUUCAUAUAUCCAAGAGAUGUAUCAUAAAAUUGUUAACCUACACGGAUUGCUAAGAAUUUACCAUCAGCCUGCACAUCUGUAAUGGAGCCAAGUCUAGUGAAAAGAGACAAAUGCUACUAUUUCUCUGAAUUUUAUUUACUACACAUAAUUCUGAUUAUUCAAACACACAGAUGAAAAACAUAUUGGUUCCUCCACACGUUGAUCCCCAACAUGUUUGGGAGGAUUGCUUGAACAAUACAAAGACAUGCACGUCUAGCCAACAUAUAGCUAUUCAAGCCUUUGGAGUUGAGUUCUUGAAGACAUUUGAGGGACUUCCCCCUUGUUUUACGAGGGGUUAUUUCCUCACGUCUUGCUAUUCUCAUGGGGGAAUACUUGCACCACCAUACUGGUUCAGUUCUACCUCUCCUAGAUUACUUAAUAAGACAAUUGGUGAAACCGUUGCAGAUUGGUACUUUGAGAGAACAAGGUUUCAAUGUAUAGAUCCGUACCCUUGUGUUAAAGUUUGCAAAGACUUAAAUAAUCACUGAGAUGUUGGGAGCCCUCUUUUUUAUAUAAAAUUCGCACAUAACUUAAUUUCAUGCGCAUCCUUGGUGAA